CGUUCGAUAUUAAGGAUUUUGGAGUGGCAUUUUGUUAAGUAUAAGACGAAUUCUUGGGACGAUAUUAUUGUGUAAGAUACUAUUCGACCCACGUAAUCGCCCUAAAAUAUCGGCCAAAAAGUGAUACAGUGUUUAUGUGUGAGGCAUACGUAUUUCGACAUUAUAAAACCGGACUAGUGUGUCACAAAGAUAAUAAGGAAAAUAUGAGUUAUCAUCGUGGAGGUGGUAACAAGCCAAAAGGCUUUGGAUUUGCUGGCUUUCAAAUGUCUAGCACAAAAAGAAGCGGUUCUAAUAUACCACCGCCUCCUCCAAAUUCUACAUUAAGUAAACAAGGGUAUCACACUAUGAACUCUAUUACCGAGAAUGCCUUAUCUGCAUGUUGGGGCAUGCCAAAGAAACGUAGCAAAACUGAAGAAGAGUACUUUGAGGAUGAUGAUGACACUCCAGCAUCUUCCCUGGAAUAUAUCCCAGCCCCUGGAUCUCCUACUUACGAGCUAAUGAAAAAGUCGACUCCUAAAGCAGAUAGCGACAGCGAAGAAGAUCCUUUGGAUGCCUUCAUGGCUGGUAUAGAUGCAGAAGUGAAAAGGAAUACUUACGAAGCUCAACUAGCCGAAGACGAGCGCAAAGAAGAUAAGUCUAAAGGAUUUAGGGCCGACAUUGACGGAGAAGACGACGAAGAGAGUUACUACAGGUAUAUGGAGGAGAACCCAACUGCUGGUUUACAACAAGAAGAAUCCGAUCAGGAAAUCGAGUACGAUGAAGACGGAAACCCUAUAGCACCACCAAAAAAGAAAGAAAUCGAUCCACUUCCUCCAAUCGAUCACAGCGAAAUACAAUACGAAUCGUUCGAGAAAAAUUUUUAUAACGUUCACGAAGAAAUCGCUAAUUUAAAUAAAGAACAAAUCGACGAUUUGAGAAAUACUUUGGGAAUCAAAGUGUCGGGUCCAUCUCCACCGAACCCGGUUACCAGUUUCGGUCAUUUUGGUUUCGACGAUGCGUUAAUAAAAGCCAUCAGAAAAAACGAAUACACCCAACCCACCCCUAUUCAAGCUCAAGCUGUGCCUGCCGCGUUGAGUGGCAGGGACAUAAUAGGUAUAGCAAAGACUGGUAGCGGUAAAACAGCGGCCUUUAUUUGGCCAAUGUUGGUUCACAUUAUGGAUCAACGAGAACUAAAGGCUGGUGAUGGACCCAUUGGUCUGAUUUUGGCUCCAACAAGAGAAUUAUCUCAGCAGAUCUAUCAAGAAGCACGAAAGUUUGGGAAAGUUUACAAUAUUCAAGUGUGUUGUUGUUACGGUGGUGGCAGUAAAUGGGAACAGAGUAAAGCGUUGGAAGGAGGGGCAGAAAUUGUAGUUGCAACGCCGGGUAGAAUGAUAGAUUUGGUUAAAAUGAAGGCAACGAACUUGAGCAGAGUAACGUUUCUCGUGUUGGACGAAGCCGAUAGAAUGUUCGACAUGGGUUUCGAGCCGCAAGUACGUUCUAUAUGCAAUCACGUGAGGUCGGACAGGCAAACAUUGUUGUUCAGUGCAACUUUCAAAAAGAGGGUGGAAAAGCUUGCGAGGGACGUUUUAACGGAUCCUGUUAGAAUAGUUCAGGGGGACGUCGGUGAAGCGAACGCUGACGUCACCCAGCACGUGACAGUCUUCAACAAUAAUCCAACCGGAAAAUGGACUUGGUUGUUACAAAAUUUGGUCGAGUUUUUAAGCGCUGGUAGUCUGCUGAUCUUCGUAACCAAAAAGCUCAAUGCGGAAGAACUCGCGAACAAUCUUAAAUUGAAAGAAUUCGAUGUUUUGCUCUUGCACGGUGACAUGGACCAAGUCGAAAGGAACAAAGUAAUAACGGCAUUCAAGAGGAAGGAUGUCAGUACCUUGGUUGCCACCGACGUCGCCGCUCGGGGUUUGGACAUUCCACAUAUCAAAACUGUCGUCAAUUACGACGUCGCGCGAGAUAUAGAUACCCACACACACAGGAUAGGUAGAACUGGACGUGCCGGAGAGAAGGGUACCGCGUAUACCCUCGUGACGGAGAAAGACAAAGAAUUUGCCGGGCAUCUGGUUCGAAACUUGGAAGGAGCGAAUCAGGAGGUACCAAAGAGUUUGCUAGAUUUGGCGAUGCAAAGUUCCUGGUUCCGAAAAUCGAGAUUCAAAGGAGGAAAAGGGAAAAGUUUAAACGUCGGAGGGGCUGGGCUUGGUUUUAGGGGACGGCCGGAAGUCUCUUCGACCUCGAGUGGCAGUACUUCGUCACAGGGGUCGAAAGACAUAAGCGAAGUCGUGAAGAAAUUGGAGAGACACGGGCCAGGCAGCGAUCGGUUGUCCGCGAUGAAAGCCGCGUUCCGUAGUCAGUAUAAUUCUCAGUUCCGGGCAUCGUCGGAUCAUACGUGGGAACAAACUAUUACGCCUCCUUCUGUGAUAAUGCCUCCACCUCCCCCCAUGCCGCCUAAACCAAAUACGGAGCCACCGCGGAAUCAGGAUAACCAAGCCUCAAACAUCGCAAGGGAAAAGAAAAGAGUGAGAAAGAGUCGAUGGGAAUAAUCCAGCGACUGCGAACUUGCGAUUAUUUUGUGUAUAUUAUUAUACAGCGAUGAUAUGCAAUGGAUCGACG